UGGUAAGUUAGGCCCAUACAUGGUGAUGCAGGAGUAGGCCAAGCCCAACGACCAGAGAGGCAGGCCCAAUAGAGUAAUGUAGGAGUAGUACAGUACAGUGCCAUCCAAUGGCAUGGCGGUUUCAAGUUUUGAAAUUUGAAUGCAUUCCUUUCUUCUUCACUCUCCUUUCUCCUUAAUCAUCCUCGAAUCGAAUCCUUCCUUCCUACCAUACCAAUACCAAUACCAUGGGUUGCGCUGCCUCCGCGUUCGUGGACGACGACGACGACGAUGACCGCCGCCGGCGCAUCAUCGGCGUCUCCGCCUCCCACAUCGUCUCCCUCACCUCCUCCACCUACGGCAUCCUCGACAACAUUCUAGUAUCAUCAGCUCAAUCCCAAUCCCAAUCCCAAUCCCCUACUAGGAUUCCUCCUCCGCCCACGCCGCCUCCCCGACCCACCACCACCACCAACCCACCAUGUGCAGCCCCGCCGGAGAAGCAUCUGAAGAAGCAGGGCGAGGCGGAGGUCAUCAACUCGUGGGAGCUCAUGGCCGGUCUCCUCGACCCCGCCACCCCACAGAAACCACGGAGGCCCACGCACCACUCUCCUCCUCCUGCUCCUCCUGCUGGGGUUCUGCUCUACACCACCACGCUUCGCGGCGUGCGCGCCACCUUCGAGGCCUGCAACGCCGUCCGCGCCGCGCUCCACUCGCACGGCGUCGCCUUCCGGGAGCGCGACAUCUCCAUGGACCGCGGCUUCCGGGAGGAGUUGCGCCACCGCAUCUCCCUCGACCACCACGACCGCGCGCCCCUGGUGCCACGGCUGUUCGUCCGGGGCAACCACGUCGGCGGCGCCGCGGAGGUGGCGCGCCUGGAGGAGGAGGGCAAGCUUGCGGCGCUGCUGGAGGGCCUGCCGAGGGCGCGCCCAGGUGGUGGCUGCUGCGACGGAUGCGGCGGCAUGCGAUUCCUGCCCUGCUUCGACUGCAACGGCAGCCGCAAGCUCUGCUUCUCCCUCCCCACGCCGGUGCCGGCGGCGGCGGCUGCAAGGAGCAACAAGACGCGGGCGGUGGUGGUGGUGCGCUGCGGCGAGUGUAACGAGAACGGCCUCGUGCUUUGCCCAAUCUGCUCCUAAUUCUUUCUUUUAUUUUCGUUUUUUUUCUUCUUUUACUUACUACUCCACCUACCUCUAAUUAAUGAAUGAAUUUGGAUGUCUAGUUUUUGAAUCCAACCCUUGAUGGAAUGAAUAAUCCAAGGAUCUACUCAAGUAAUUGGAAUUGGAAUGUACUACUCUACUACUAGUGGUAAUUCCUCUACUUCUAGUGGAGGAGUAGUCUGUAGUAGUAGCUCCCUGUUUAAAUUAGUUUGAACAGCAAACGUUUCCUCUGCUCUGCUCUGCUUUUGUCGUAUUGACUUGGUUUGACCGCGCGAGUGGAGUAUAAUAAAUUGGCUGGUCAAGGGAUGAUGCUUCCA